AGAGAGGACUGAGUUAUCAGGAAGUGGCGUGGAGACUCCUCCCCCCACGCCGGCCCCCAGUGGUCUGGUUGUAUUUGGUCUGCUGGUCAUGAAACACAGCUACGUUAGCGCCCUCAUCAUCAUGAUGGUGUGGAGCAUCACCUACAACAGCUGGUUGACCUUUGCCCUGCUGGUGUGGUCCUGCGCCAUCUGGGUGAUGCGUGACCGCCGGCGCUACGCCAUGCUGAGCGCACCCUUCCUGGCGGUGUACGGCACAGUGCUGGUGGGUGUGGCCUGGUUCAGCGGGCUGAGACUGAGCAGGGAUGAGCUCUACCCCCACCUGCACCCCGCCAUGGUGGUGGACUUUGACCUCAGCAGCUCCUCUGCACCCUGCGCCCACCUGGGAGCCAAGGUGUGCUAUGCCUUCAGUUUCUGGCUGCUGUUCCGUCAGCAACUGCGGGAGCGAAAGGAGGAGCAGAGCCUGCAGGAGAUGGAGACUCUGGAUGAAGUCAAAGUUCUGCCACCGGAGGAACCAGAACCCUCCCCCCUGGUCUCUCUGCUGGGCAAGGAGCUGAGGGGCUUCCUGGUGAAGUACUGCAUCCUGUUCUGCUGCUCCAUGUUCUUCGUGGUCAGCUUCUCGGGGAAGGUGAUGGUCUACAAGAUCCUCUAUAUCGUCCUCUUCCUCUUCUGCGUCGUACUCUACCAGGUUCGUUACGACGUGUGGCGCCGGGUGCUGAAGUACUUCUGGGCGGUAGUGGUGGGCUACUCCAUGCUGGUGCUCAUCGCCAUCUACAUGUACCAGUUCAGGAGUGUCUCUGGCCUCUUCAGGCAGAUCAUGGGCAUGUCAGAGGAGGGCCUGCGUGACCUGGGUCUGGAGCAGUACGACACGGUGGAGCUGUUUGCCAAGAUCCUGUUCCCCGCCACCUUCCUGCUGGCCUGCAUCCUGCAGCUGCACUACUUCAACAACGACUUCCUGGAGCUCACGGACCUUGACAACGUCCCUGUCCGCCAGGGAGCUGACAGAGAGAAGGAGCUGAGGAACUCAGUCAGUGUGAUCUCUGAAACGAUCAAAGAAAACAUUGAGAAGCUCCAGCAAAGACUGGUGAAGGAGCAGCUGAGUGGGGAGAGCCAGGAGACCCUGGACAGUAUCGGACUGUCCACGUCCUCUGAAGGGAAAGACGCACAGCAGGAAGAGAAAGGCAGCCCAGGGGAGCCAAUGGGCAAGUGGACACGGAUUGUAGACCGAGCCAGCCUGUUGUUGCUGCAAGGCCUGCUAGGCCUCCACAGGGCCCAGGAGAUGGGCUGGAGAAUCCUAGAGCUCCACAGCCUCAAGAUUGUCUCCACUGUUAUCAUCUGGGUAUCCUUGCAAGAGGUGUCCCUGAUGAACUUCCUGUUCCUGGUGCUGUGGACUCUGGCUCUGCCCGUGCCCCGACUCCAGCCCCUUGCCUCCAGUGUAUCCUGUGUGUGGGCCUGCAUCAUGGUGGUGUGUAAGAUGAUGUAUCAGCUCAAAGUCAUCAAGCCUCUUGAGUACUCCUCCAACUGCACCGACCAUUUGUUAUCAGUCAAUGGAACAGAUACGGUUCUGGAAGGGAACAUGGCUGAGCUGCUGAAGAGGUCAGUUCUAUACGUGGAACCUGUGGAUCCAGCCGUGUGGUGUGGAGAGCUGAGGAAGUGUGAGGACCGGAUCCUCCCCUGCCUGCGGAACCACCUGAUGGUUCUGGGCGUGCUUCUGUUUGAGGUGACCGUGCACCGUCACCAGCUCUACUACCGUCUCCAUAACGACCUGAAGACCCCUCCGUUCAGCAUCAUCUUCCAAGGAAUCACCCGGCAACACCUGGACCAAGGCAUCCUACCCUGCCUCAAGUACAUGGUCAACUACGCCUACUACAAGUUUGGACUGGAGGUGUGCUUAAUCGUGGCAGUGAAUGUGAUUGGCCAGCGUAUGGAUUUCUACGCACUACUACACUCCUGCGCGCUUUUGGCUGUUCUGUCCCGGCGUCGCAGAAAGGCCAUUGGGGAGGUUUGGCUCAAGUACUGCUACUUCACAACAGGCCUGAUGAUCCUCCAGUACCUGCUCUGCAUCGGACUGCCCCCUGCCUUCUGCCUCGACUACCCCUGGAGGACCUCCAGCCAGCCCCUGACCUCCAACAUCAUCAAGUGGUUCUACUUGCCAGACUUUGCCAUGAGCCCCAACCCUUCCUUCAUCCUAUAUGACCACUUCCUGUUGCUGUGUGCGGCGCUGCAGUUGCACGUGUUUCAGGAGGAGAACCGUGCGGCCGUGCGUCUCCUGGCCGGGGAGAACGUUGAGAUCAGCCGCAGCCUGGACCCCUGCUCCCUCAACCAGUAUAUCCCUGUUAACAACUUCCUCCACUGCAGGUCCUACUUGGACAUGGUGAAGGUGUUUGCGUUCAGCUACUUCUUCUGGCUGGUGUUGUGUCUUAUCUUUAUCACGGGCACAACACGCAUCAACAUCUUCUGCCUGGGCUACCUGGUGGCCUGCUUCUACUUCAUGUUGUUUGGGGGCAGCCUGCUCAUGCAGCCAGUGCGCUACAUCCUGCGUCUGUGGGACUGGCUGAUUGGCUACACCUGCUUCGUCAUCGCCAUGAAGAACCUGUUGUCUCUUGGCUCCUGUGCGUACCUGGAUAGCCUGCUGAAAAAUGGUUGCUGGCUCAUCCAAGCCUUCAGCAUGGUCUGCACCAUCAAUGGCUACGAUAUCCCGGCCCCGGAUGACAAAUGUGAGCUGCCGGAGGGCGAGGCUGGUAUCGUGUGGGACGCCAUUUGCUUCACCGUCCUCCUAGUGCAGAGACGAGUCUUCCUCAGCUACUACUUCCUGUACGUGGUGUCAGACCUCAGGGCCUCCAAGAUCCUAGCCGCCAGGGGAGCGGAGCUGUUUGAGGCCAAGGUGAAGAAGCUGGUGGCUGCCAGGCUGGAGAUGGAGAAGAAAUCUGUGGAGACGCUGAAGAAACAGAUGGAGAAGAUCAAGUCCAAGCAGAGGAGUCAUCCUGCAGGACCUUCCGGAACAACAGAACCCCCUGCAGUCCAGGACACACAUGAUGGGAGUGUGGGAAGAGAGAGUGGAGGACAGGGAGACCAGGGUCAGUGGUGGAAGCCCUGGGUCUCCCAGCCUACAGUGGGGGACUCUUGUGGAUAUCACCUGUUUGAGAGUGACAGUGAAGAAGAGGAGGAGGAGGUUCAAGAGAGCAAAGAGGAAGAUGCACCACCUAAGAAGAAAACUGCCUUUCAGCUUGCCUAUGAUGCCUGGGUCACCAGCUCCAAGGCAGCACUGAAAGGACAUAAGAAGGAGGAGAAGAAGAUGAAAAAGGAGGAGAAGAGGAGAGCAAAGAGAGAGCUACAGAGACAGCAGGGUAUCGACAGAGCAGACUCCAGUGAGGAUGAGUUGGAAGACAGUUGUCCAAAUGAAGAUGGAGAGGAGGAGAAAGAGAAUAUUCUCCAGCGCUGUCUGGACACUCUCAGGUUCGGAUGGGUCGUCCUCCUGUCGCUGAUUGAUGACCUCACAGAGGGCCUGAACUCCUUUUGCAAAAACAACCUGGACAUUUCUAAGGUGCUGCGCUUUGAGAGGGCCCUGCUGAAUGAGCAGCAAAAGAAGGGUAAGGAAGUGUCUCAGGACAGCGUGAAGCGUUUCUAUGACAACUGGAGGUCCAGACAGAGCACGCUGGCCUCGCUGGAUGACGAGGAGGAGGUGCCUCUGACCCCCGCCUCCUCGCCCCCGCCCCUCCCCUCCUCCCCCCGGGGCUACGCCAAGCUAAGGCACGCCCAUUCCAAGCUGUCCUGGGGCAGCAGUAUUUCCAGCUGCAUGACAGAUGAGACCCUGCUGAUGUCUCGUCAGCCCACCCAGGAUGACCUGGAAGACCCUCCUCUCCUGGAGCUUCCCAUCCACGAGCUCAGACGCAAGCUCCUCAAGACAGCCAAUGUGGAGAGUGACGAGCCUCCUCCCAGCCUUGAAGAUGCCACUCCUGAGAGGGAGGACAGAGAGACAGAGCCCCAGUUUAAAGAGGAGGAACAGGAGGAGCAGAAGCAGGGGGAGGAGGUGGACACGGCUGACCAAGAGGAGGAGUGGAGAGAGGGAGCACAGGGGCAGGAGCAGUGGAGAGAAGAAGAGGAGGAGGAAGAGAAAGCUGAUCUCCUGGAAGUCGUGGACCGUGAGGGGCUGAGCGUGGAUCUCCCAGACUCCCCCAGGCCUUUGAGCCAGGAGACCAGGAACCUCACCGCCAGCGAGCUCCUUCUUAACAACAUGUUUGACAAUGAUGAGAUCGGCGAGUCGGAUAAGUUCUACCAGUCUCUGCCCAGACACCUGCGCCUGACGCUGGCCCUCUACAACACCAUGGUGUCCCAGUCGGAGAUGCUUUGCUACUUUGUCAUCAUCCUCAACCACGUCGUGUCUGCCUCCAUGCUCACCCUGAUCCUCCCCGUCCUCAUCUUCCUCUGGGCCAUGCUGUCUGUCCCCAGGCCCACCAAACGCUUCUGGAUGGCUGCUAUCAUAUACACAGAGCUGACUGUGGUGGUGAAGUAUUUCUUCCAGUUUGGCUUCUUCCCCUGGACCACCUCAGCCUACCGCGGCAUCAACGCAGACCGCCCCUUCGCCCUGCCCAACAUCGUCGGCGUGGAGAAGAAAGACGGAUAUGUCCUUUUCGACCUGAUUCAACUGCUCGCUCUCUUCUUCCAUCGCUCCAUCCUUAAGUGCCACGGCUUGUGGGACAACAAAGAGGUGGAGAUGCCUGACUUCUUCAAGAAGCUGAAGAAGAAGACAGAGAAGAAGAAGAUGGCAGGAGAGAGAGGAGAGAAGGGGGCAGGGAAGCGACGGGUGCCAUUCCUUCCCCUCCAGGCCUCCACUACAUCAUGGUUUUGCAGACGGAAGGGGGACAGCUCCACAGAGAACGGAGACGUGCAGGUUAAGAAGCGCCACUCCAAGAGGAGGAGAGGCCACUCUAAGGUUCCCCUGACCAGGAAAGAGAGAAUCAAGCAGCAGAUCAGAGAGAGGAUGCUGGAGGCCAAGGCUGCAGUCAUAGAAGUAGCCCUGCACAUCUACCUUCCCAUCAGGCAGUUCUUUUAUGACAUCAUCCACCCAGAGUACAGCCCAGUGUGUGACGUCUACACUCUUAUGUUCAUCAUUGAUGUCGUCAACUUCAUCGUCAUCAUAUUUGGAUACUGGGCCUUUGGGAAACACAGUGCAUCAGCAGACAUCACAGAGUCUCUGUCUGAGGACCAGGUUCCUGAGGCCUUCCUGGUCAUGCUGCUGAUCCAGUUUGGCACCAUGAUCGUGGACCGGGCCCUCUAUCUAAAAAAGACCCUGAUGGGGAAGUGUGUGUUUCAAGUGGUCCUGGUGUUUGGAAUACACUUCUGGAUGUUCUUCAUCUUGCCUGGGGUCACAGAGAGGAGGUUCAACCAGAACAAAGUGGCCCAGCUCUGGUAUUUCGUAAAGUGUAUCUACUUUGGCCUGUCAGCCUAUCAGAUCAAGUGUGGCUACCCCAACCGCGUCUUGGGAAACUUCCUCACCAAGAACUACAACUACCUCAACCUCUUCCUCUUCCAGGGCUUCCGGAUGGUUCCAUUCCUUACUGAGAUGCGGGCGGUGAUGGACUGGGUCUGGACCGACACCACCCUCAGCCUGUCCAGCUGGAUCUGUGUGGAGGACAUCUACGCCAACAUCUUCAUCCUCAGGUGCGGGAGGGAGUCGGAGAAGAAAUACCCCCACGUGCCUGGUCAGAAGAAGAAGAUGGUGGUGAAGUAUGGGAUGGGAGGCUUCAUCAUCUUCGCACUCAUUUGCAUCAUCUGGUUCCCUCUUCUCUUCAUGUCAUUGGUCAAAUCAGUGGCAGGGGUGAUCAAUCAGCCUCUUGAUGUGUCCAUCCAGCUAGGCAUAGCAGGAUAUGAGCCUCUGUUCACCAUGAGUGCCCAAGAGCAGAACCUGGUUCCAUACUCUGGAGCAGGCUUCAACCGUCUUACCAACCGCUAUGCCACUCACCCAUCAGCGAUGCAGUUCAUAGUGAACUACGGGGCCGAGGACCUUGUGACGGCUAAGCUCAAGAGUGAUGCCAGUCUGCUGUGGACCAUCAGCCCAGCCAGCAGGGAAGCCAUGAUCCAGGAGCUCAGCAACUCCUCCCACAUAUACAUCACCCUCCAUUGGACACUGCUCAGAAAUGCCUCUCUGUCGGAGCACGCAGAGUCAGUGGGAGAACACACUGUGAAGUAUGAGGACCAAGCGCUGAGAGACGGAUUAGUCCGGAUGCUUAAAGGGACACACAGUGAACCUGUGAUUAUUCACAACCUACUACCCAAGUUCAUCCGAGGGCCCUCUGGCCCAGAAUCCAAGAUGGCGUCCAGACUACAGGUCGAGCACUCUGACCGGCCAGACGACAUAAAAACCUUCGCCUUCUUCCGCCCCCUGUCCAUAAAGCUGCAACGCAGCAAUGGGAGUGAGAAGGGGGGUCAGUGGUGGGUGGUGGAGGAGUGUGCUCCAGGUCCCAUCCAUGUCCAGAGCAGCUGUGGCAGCAUUGAGAUAGGGGUGUUCAACAACAAGGUCAGCCCAUCCAGUUUGGGCUUCCUGGCAGGACACGGCAUUGUGGGUCUGUACAUGUCCGUGGUGUUGGUCAUCGGGAAAUUUGUCCGGGAGUUCUUCAACGGGAUUUCACGCUCUAUCAUGUUUGAGGAACUGCCUUGUGUAGACCGUGUUCUGAAGCUCUGUACAGACAUCUUUGUGGUGAGGGAGACAGGCGAGAUGGAGCUGGAGGAAACACUGUUUGAGAAGCUUAUCUUCCUCUACCGCUCACCAGAGACCAUGAUCAAGAUGACCAGAGAGAAGAAGGAAAGCUAAAGCUGGGUGGCCCAGAAGGUUCCCUUGGAAGCUUUCACCAGGCUACAUCAGACCAAAAUAUAUAGGUUUAACCAUGAUGGACAUAGCUCCAACUAAUCUUGAUUGGUGGCGGGCGAUGUAAAUUCCAACUAUUUAAAAUAUUGAGACUUUUAUCCAGCAAAAGUAUGGAGCUGCCAUCUUGAAAUAUCUAUUCCUGACAGGGCAGAGACAGACAUCAUCGCUAUCAUUAAGAGGACAGUAGAUCAAACACUUUCUUAUUGUUCACCGUCAGUUCUCUCAAGUUCACAUUGUGAUUGCAAAAAUGCAUGCAUUUUUAACUACUGACUGUUUAUACAAUGUUUACAACAGCAGGCCAUAAUCCUUAGAAAUAUGAAAAAUAUGUGACCAUCAUGUCAAGCCUACUCAUUAAAGUGCAGAGAUAAAUCAAUUACAGUGACAUACUUUUGGUAUCUAACCUCAUGUUGCCCUGUACUAUUCUCUCUGUACAUGAUGCUUAUUCCUCAUUUGAUGUAAAAAAUAAAGUAUUUGGUGU